AUGUUGUUUACAAGGGCAUCGAUAUGCCUGGUUUUAUCCUCGCUCGUAUUGGGUGCUCCUAGCUCGAAACGCUCCACCGAACGUCCACAUCGCUGCGUGAUCCCAUCUUCCAAUGGCACGGCAGAUGAUUCCCCAGCCGUUUCUCAAGCAUUUGCCAAAUGCGCUUCUAAUUCCAUCAUCGUCUUCCAGGAUGGCGUCGAUUACAAUAUCUUCACUCCCAUUUCUGCCACAAACCUCAGCAAUGUCGAGAUCAAAAUGAACGGAAACCUACAUCUACCCCAGAAUAUUACAACAGUUCAGAGCAUCGUCAAUGGAACAAGUAGCACCCUCUACUCGGACGGAAAAUAUUGGUUCAAGUUCAAAGGUCCCAAGAUCGAUUACACCGGCUCUGCCAAUGUGAACCACGGAUGGAUCAACUCCUACGGACAGGCAUGGUGGGAUGCAAACCCGAUUAACGGAACGGGAAUUGAUUCUCGUCCCCAUCUCAUGAGCUUCCAGACCACGGAUGGAUCUCUCAAGUACUUCAAAUCUCGCAAGCCAAUCGCCUGGAACGUGCAGUUGCAGGGAGACAACAUCACCGUCAGCCAUGCUUUCAUCGAUGCCGAGUCAACAGGGUCCUUCCCCUUCAACACCGAUGGAUUUGAUGUUACAGCCACAAAUGUCCGCAUCACGGACAGCGUCAUCUACAACGGUGACGACGCCAUUGCCGUCCAGUCGGGAUCCCACAACGUGGUCUUCAAACAUAACACCAUCGGCUACCAAAGCCAUGGCAUGAGCAUUGGAUCACUGGGUCAAACCCAGACUGAAUUUGCUAAUGUCUCCGAUAUCCACUUCGAGGACGUCACGGUCAUCGAUGCUGUCUACGGCUCUCGUUUCAAGUCCUGGAUGGGUGGUCAAGGUAUCGCGAAGAAUAUCACCUGGAAGAAUAUCCGCGUGUACAAUGUGACUUUUCCCAUUUUCGUCACGCAGAGCUAUACCAACCAGGGCUCUUCCCAGACACAGCUUGGAAACGGCGUCACCACUGGACGUGUCAACAAUGCCUCUGUUAUGAUGGAAGACUUUGUUUGGUCCGACUUUACGGGUACCGUUAACUCGUGGCGUCCGGGUGAUGGGUCUUGUGUGACUGAUCCUUGCUGGUAUGAUGUUGGUCUGCCAAAUCUGAAGCACACAGAAGCUGUGAUCAUUGAGUGCAAUACCAACUCUUCUUGUAAGAACUUUGAGUUGAGGAAUAUUGAGAUCAUCCCGCAGACUAUGGCUGAGCCAACGGUUGUCUGUAUUAAUGCGACAUCGGCAUUGAAUCCGGACCUUGGAUUCGAUUGUGGGAAUGGAACAUUUAUUGCCUACUCCUCAUAA